AACUGGAAUCUGGAGGCGCAAACAUCAAGUUCGAUGCGCAUGGCCACGCGACUCGUGUUGCGAUACCAGAUGAGGAUGGCGAGCUCACGUUGGUCAAGUCGCAGACGAGAAUCCUCGACCGUCCAGCAACAGACGCUGUUCUACCAGCGGAGGUAGACGACAAGGCCGGAAAGCAGUCGCGCAGGCACCACGGCCAUGGUAUUCACCGCCGCCAAACGCUGAAGGAGAAGCACGCGUCUGCCCACAAGGAACCAUGGGGUCCUACCAUCAAAAACGGUCUCAAGGCAUUCUGGGUCUUCUUUCUUACACCGUCAGGCUUCCUGAUCACCAUAUAUGGCCUUAACGUCGUGGCCUGGGGCGCGAUGCUCUUCUUCCUGCUCCUGAAAGCCGCCCCUGCCAUAUGCCAUGUGCGCGGCACGCAGAUCUACGACUGCGACAAUAACUACAGCCAGAAUAAGAUCUGGCUCGAGAUCGACAGCUAA